AUGUCUACUACUUCAAUAUCUGCCAACAUGAACAAUGUUCCAAUGUUAAAUGGAACAAACUUUAAGGACUGGAAAGAGAACAUAUUGAUUGUUCUUGGUUGCAUGGACAUAGACUUAGCAUUAAGAAUGCCGAAAAUGAAUGAUCUCACUGAACAAAGUACUCCUGAGGAAAUUGCGUAUUUUGAAAAAUGGGAUCGCUCUAACAGGCUAAGUCUUAUGAUCAUGAAGCGCGGGAUUCCAGAAGUGUUUCGGGGUGCAAUAACAGAGGAUGUUACCAUUGCCAGUGAAUUUCUUUUGGAAAUUCAGAAACGUUUUGCUAAAAACGAUAAGGCUAAAACAAGUACGCUUCUAGCAAGCUUGAUUUCAAUGAAGUAUAAGGGCAAAGGUAAUGUUCGAGAGUACAUCAUGGAGAUGUCUCAUCUUGCUUCAAAACUUAAGGCACUAAAGCUCGACCUAUCUGAUGAUUUGCUUGUGCAUUUAGUUCUUAUCUCUCUUCCUGCACAAUUUAAUCAAUUUAAGGUCAGUUAUAACUGCCAGAAGGAGAAAUGGACUCUCAAUGAGCUCAUUUCAUUUUGUGUGCAAGAGGAAGAGCGAUUGAAGCAAGAAAGGACUGAGAGUGCUCAUCUGGCAAGCACCUCCAAGCAUAUGGGCAAAAGAAAGCAUAAGGGAAAGAAAGUUGCUGCUCUUAAGGGUCCGGAACCAAAGAAACAGAAAGUGCAGGAUGUAUAG